AUGAAAGCCGAUUAUGUAGCAGGGACAAUCUGUUUUCUGGGCUUUCUGUGUGUAGUCUUCGCCAGUUCCAUGACAGGUUGUGCUAGCAGCUGGUUUGGACCAAACUGCAAAUACAAGUGCCGGUGCGAAGACAACAACUGCGACAAGGACGGCAUGUGUACGGAAAAGUUCACCUGCGUCAGGGGAUGGUUCGGUCCGUCCUGUCAGUACGACGAUAUAGCCUACCAGUUUGGUGACGUGGUUGAGCUGACAGAUGGCAACGAUAAAACGUGUGUCCCCGCUUCAGUAGAGAAAUCCACCACCUUAAAUCUCAAUGUAUCAUUUAUCUUCACAUGGAUGAGAGUGGUCGUCUCCAAGCCUAAAUUCAGGAGUCAGAUUAAGGCGAAAUUUACAAGCAAUUCUAACGCCACUGAGUGUAGAAACCGAACGUAUACAACUGUAGACAGCAUAACAAUGGACAUCCACUGCGAGAUUGCUGACCCCAUAGAUGAGAUCGUCCUGUCUGGUGAUGGGGUCCGUUAUUUGUGCUCAGUCUACGUCAGUGGAGGUCGGAAUCUUGCCCUGAAAGCUAAGACAGAACAGUCCUCGACGUACAGCGAACAGUCACCUUCAACCUUUCAGCUCAACAUCUCCUUUACAUCCAGCAAGGCAGUCGACGGCAAGACAAACCAGCGUCUCUAUGACGGCUUUAGCUGCGCCAUGACCCAGGAGAGUCCCACAAGGAGGCAGUAUUGGGAACUGACCUUCUCAAGUCCGCGAAGCGUCCACAAAUAUCUUAUAUACGGCAGAACAGAUUCAAAGGAUCCAGAAUUUCGUCUCUCCAAUAUUUCUCUGGAGAGUGUUGAUGAGGCCGGUAACGUUGUCUACGAUUAUAGUUACACUCCAACCGAUAGUUUUCAGGAAGUCCUCACACUCAUCCACUCGCCUCAAACUGUUUCCAGAGUCAACAUCCACAGCAACAUUUUCCCCAGACAGCUGGCCUUGUGUGAAGUUGAAAUCUUCGGAGAAUCUAUCUGCGAGGCCGGAAAAUACGGACUUGACUGUGAGAAUACAUGUAAUUGCGAAGACAACACCUCCUGCAUCAUUAGUACUGGCAUAUGCCCUUUCGCGUCUGUUAUUGUUUCACCAACCAUCAACAAAACGUGCGCUCCAGGCACUUUCGGCGACGACUGCAGCUUCAAGUGCAGUGAGUUUUGUACCAAGAACUCGGUGGGUGUCCACUCCUGUAAGGAUCCAACUGGCGAUUGUGAUGAGGGAUGUUUAAAUGGGUACACAGAGUCUACGUGUACAGAAAGAUGUCCGAUAGGGACUUACGGUAAAGACUGCACACAAGUUUGCGGCCCCAAGUGUCUGGAGGCUAAGGAACCUAACACAUCUUCGUGUCAUCACGCCAGUGGUGUCUGUCUGCUUGGAUGUCAGGAUGAGGCUUUUGGACCAUUGUGUAAUUCAAAAGUAGAAAACUCGGUACGCCAAUCAGCAGGUGGCAACGACACUUCAUAUCUGAAUCUAAUCAUUGGCCUGUUUGUAGGCGUAUUGGUGCUUCUGCCGGUCUUAUACUGUCUGCGCAAGAAAAAGCCUACAAGGUCUCAUGCAGAGGAGAGAAAUCGUCGUAAGCCAUGA